UUGAAAACUCUUUCUCAGUGACACAGAUUAGUGAUAAGGAAAUUUAGAAGCCGAACUUGCUUCUUAUGUGCUAUUAUUCACUUUUUUCAAUAAUAAUUCAAAGAUCCAUCAGUUUAUCAAAGUUUUCGCUUACAAAUCAAUGUUUUCAUCCUCUCUUAAUUUACAAUUCUCAUCUUAGAACCUGUCAGUGUGACCACAUGGGAUGAUCUCGUGUCUUGACUAGCAUUAUACGUCGGCAUAUGCCUCAAUCUUUAUUCUUUUUUAUAGACUACCUUUAUUUUUAAAUGUUCCGCCAUAAUUUUUCUACUAAGUCUUCCAUAACGCACUUCCAUCAAGAUUUAUCGUAAGUAAUGCCUGUUUGAAUGACGUAGCAACACUCUGAGGAUACUACACGAUGGAUUACGCUGCAGAGCAACAGAAUGAAGUCGAAGCACUUGAAUCCAUCUACUUCGGAGAAAUGGAAGUAUUGUCGGUUGAACCUUAUACGUUUUUGAUACCGAUCAAAUCUGAUGAAUACGAUCCUGAAACAAAUUUAGGACUCUUUUGCUCCCUAAAAUUUGAGUAUACACCGAACUACCCAGAGGAAGUACCUGUAUUUACGUUUAAUGAAACCAUUGGUUUGGAAGAAGAUGAUGAAGAAAGACUCAUGGAGCACUUACAAGAACAGGCUCAAGAAAACUUAGGCACUGUCAUGGUCUUUACCCUAGUAUCAGCAGCUCAAGAAUGGCUAAACUUACAAUCAGACGAGAAGAAGAAAGCAGCAGAAGAGGAAGAGGAGAAGAGAUUACUAGCAGAGGAAGAGGCCGAAAAGAAACGAUUUGAAGGUACGCGUGUGACUAUAGAGUCUUUCAAAUUAUGGAAGGAAAAGUUUGACCUGGAGAUGCAAUCGGUCAAAAAGAGCACCGUCAAAGACACGGGUGGCAAACUUACCGGAAAAGAAUUAUUCAUGACAGAUAAGUCACUCAACGAAUCGGACCUCAAAUUCCUAGAGGAAGGCGAUGCUGUGAAGGUAGACGAAGCUCUUUUCCAAGAACUAGACGAGCUUGACGUUAAUGAUGAUGAGCUGAAUGAGCUAAGCGACUGAAAAUUCUGUGAUAAAUUUAGUGCUUCGAAACAUGAGUUUGUAAUGAGUUCUGAUUCAUUCUAGUAUUAUCUGAUCCAAGCAUAAACUGAAUCUGCCUCAAUCUCCUGAACUCCAAAGCAGCUAAGUGUCAAUAUUGGUGUUUUGAAUAUCGGCAAACAACUAUGCUUUACUUAAAAAUUUUCCUGUUUAGGUUCUGAAUAUUGACAAUUGGACGUAUUUCUGCCAAACGGAACCACACUAAGAUAUGAGCCCUAAGACCCAUUAGGUCACAACCGUAACAGGGCUCUCAUCAUAAUGCACAUAAUUCCAUGUGGCACAAAUACGUCCAAUUAAAACACAAAACUGCGUGUCCAUUCAUGUAUCAUUGCAAUGUUUCAAAAUUUCCACUCCUAUUUUAUUUUUUUGAUGAGAAGUAAGCCAAUUCUAUAGCUUGAGAUGUACACAUAAUAUUCUGCUAACAAGGCUCCUAAAGGCUUAUUUUCAUAAUUUAUCUCUGAGAUCAAAAGGUUCCCACCUUUCAUUGAUAUUCAAAACCAAAUUUUCCCUUAGUCCUAAAUUUUUAAGUGUUUAGGUUUCAUAAACUUUUAUUUUAAAUGUAGGGUUCGUAGAAAAUUUACUUGAGCAAAGCCAUCAAUGUUACAAUUUAUAGAAGUCACCUCAUUUUUUUCCUACUGAGUUUAUCACAUAAUGCAUUAUGUAUGUAAUAAAUUGUAUUAAGCUCUCUUUUCGAAAAUGUUGUUAAGCUACUUUCUGCAUUUGUGGUGAAAUUUAAGACUUCAAUGCAUUGCUCAAGGGACAAAAAUUAUGAAUAAAUUCCAGAUUUUUAUGAAAAAAGAAAGUUAGUUGGCCUUAGCUGUGAGUUUAAUGAAUAUUUUUUUGAUUUGCAUUGAAAAUAUUAAACUAUACUCUAUCGUUUUUUUUUUUAAAAGAAAACUAGAGAAGAGAGUUUGUUGGUACCAUUGAUUCAGUUUUUCACAAUGGAAAUUAAAAUUUCCAAACUAAUGGUAUUGCCUGCACUUAAGCAGCGUAAGUACCUUCUAUCUGAUAAAUAAAUUUUGAAAAUCUACCAAUUUCUUACAGCUCGUGUCCUUUGCAAUUAGAAAAUAAAGAUGAAUGAAACAUGAAAUACAGACCAUGUACCCAUCGAAAAUGUGCUUCUGUACUUUGUUUCAGUUACAAUAUGAAUUUUCACUUGUACAUAUGUGGAAAAUUUGUAAAUUACAGUUACAGAUGAUUUUUUUA